GAAAAAGUCAAUAAAAAGCAAGAAAAGAUUUAUACAAAAGCAUAUAUUAUGUUGAAAAAAGGUUCACUAGUCAAUUACCACCAUGAGCAUUAUGAGAUUUCUUCUUAGCUUCAUGCUUCUUCUUCUCUUUCUCUUCACACCAACAAAUUCACAAACUCCAAUUUCAUUGAACACUUUCUGCAACAACUCAACUAAAAAACCUCUCACAACUUCAUACAAAACCAACGUUAACAAAGUCCUACAAUGGAUGAACACUAUUUCUUCAACAGGCCAAGAAUCUAACCUAACCUCUAUAGGAAGCAACAAGAAUGAUCACAAUGACACAGUUUACGGAAACUACGACUGUCGCGGCGACAUACCUGCACACUUCUGUAAUUUCUGUGUCAACAGUGCUGUCAAAGAAAUUUCACAAACUUGUACCAAUGGUACUUCAGCUAUUAUAUUCUAUGACAUGUGCAUACUACGUUAUUCUAACAAGAAUUUCUUUGGAAAAAUCAACUUAUCACCUUCAUUUAAUUUAACUGGACCAAAAAAAAUAAAGGACUCAAGAGAUUUUGCGAAAGCCGAGGGUUUGAUGAAGGAUUUGAUAAGGAAGACGACGGAUGCUAAUAGAAUGUGGGCGACGAGCGUGUUUGAUUGGAGUGAUACCGAGAAAAGAUAUGGUUUGGUUCAGUGUGCUGGAGAUCUUGAUAAUAAUGGAUGUAAAGAGUGUUUGAAGGAGUUGAUAGAUAGGGUUGCUGAGUGUUGUGGAACAUCAGUAAUGUGGGGUAUUGUUGCUCCAAGUUGUGGAGUUAGGUUUGAUGAUAAAAUGUUUUUUCAGGUAUCUUCUGAGCAACCAGGGUCUUCUUCUUCACCAAAUCCAGCCAAGCAGGAAGGUUCAAGUAACAAAAAAACCUUGACCAUCAUCUUAGUAAGUGUACUAAUGGCAGUAGCUCUAUUAAUUUGUUGUGUCUUCUACUCAUGGAGAAGGAAUAAUAGGUUAAGUCAAGGUGAAUCGACGUUGAGCACCACUCCUCUAGCUUUUCAUGGUCAUGUUCUAAGAGAUGAUUCAUUGAAUGGAGACCUUCCAAUAAUCCCUUUAAUUGUACUUCAACAAAGCACUGAUUACUUUUCAGAGUCAACUAAAUUAGGACAAGGUGGAUUUGGAUCUGUUUACAAGGGUACUUUACCGGAUGGGACAGAAAUUGCGGCCAAAAGGCUUUCAGAAACAUCAGGUCAAGGUUUAGAGGAGUUCAAGAAUGAAGUGAUUUUCAUAGCAAAACUACAACAUAGAAACCUCGUGAAACUCUUGGGUUGUUGCUUUGAACAAAAUGAAAAGAUACUAGUAUACGAGUACAUGCAAAAUUCAAGCCUCGACUUUCACCUUUUCAAUUCGGGAAAUCAUGAUAAACUAGAUUGGAGUGUACGAUUAAACAUUAUCAACGGGAUAGCAAGAGGACUGUUAUAUCUUCACGAGGAUUCUCGACUUAGAGUUAUCCAUAGAGAUAUGAAAGCAAGCAAUGUACUUUUGGACGAUGAAAUGAAUCCAAAAAUAUCAGACUUUGGAUUGGCAAGAAGGUUUGAAAAAGGCCAAAGUCAGACAGAAACAAAAAGAGUCAUGGGAACCUACGGAUACAUGGCUCCAGAAUAUGCUAUGGCUGGGUUAUUUUCAGUGAAGUCUGAUGUAUUUAGCUUUGGAGUUCUUAUAUUAGAAAUAGUUUAUGGAAAAAGAAAUGGAGAAUUCUUUCUUUCAGAACAUAGGCAAACACUUCUCUUAUAUACUUGGAAACUAUGGGGUGAAGGUAAAAGUUGGGAAUUCGUUGAUCCAAUCCAAAGAAAAUCAUACAUCGAAAGUGAAGUUAUGAAGUGCGUACACAUCGGUUUAUUGUGUGUGCAGGAAGACGCUGCAGAUCGACCAACCAUGUCCACCAUUGUUCUCAUGCUAGGCAGCGACACAAUGGUCCUUCCAAAACCGAAAAAACCAGCCUUUUCUGUCGGAAGAAUGUUCAAUGAUGAAGAUUCAACUUCAAAAAGUUAUACUGAUAACUCGGUUAACGAACUUACAAUUACUAGUUUUAUACCUAGAUAGUUGAUCUUAUGUUGUAGUUUGAAUUAGCUUCUAGUUUAUAGGUUAUCUCCAAAAUAGUAGCUUGUCUAUACAAGUGCAUCGACCACCAUAAGUUCUGUUUCCUGAAUAGGUUAACAGUUAAAGCGAUUUUGUUAACUUCAAACAAUUCUCUUUAGUAUUGUGCAUCUUUAUUUUAGUUUUGGAUAAUGAUAGGUUUUAUUUUGAAAAUAAAGAAUGCAACUCUGAGAGGCAUUCAGUGUUUCUUUGGCUGCAGAAAUAACCCUUUUAUUUUCCUCUAGGGACAGGUUGGAACUUGUUCAUUUUCUUUUCAAA